ACUGUAUCAGCCUAACUGGGACCACCCGAUCACCUACCAUCGCUACCUUCCACCAUCUCUCGAGACCGUCACCCACGCACUUUUCACCUGACCGGAACAUCCGGACCAGCACCAAACUUUUUCUUCAGGACGGGACAAGUUAGCUGCGACCAAGUGUUUGGUUCUUGUGCAAGUCAUCCAUGGCCAACAUGAGCAUGGGGCUAGGGACGUCUGGGGCGCCAUUGGAAGCGGAAGCUGCCCCCGUCAGCGUCAAUGGCGGCACAGCUCCCACUCCCACUCCUACUCAAUCUCAAUCCCCAUCUGGUCCAUCUGCCUCAGCUUCAGCGGUACCCCUCAAGCUCGAUCUUCCCGAGCCCCAGGUCUUACCCUCCGCCACCGCCGCACAGAAUUCCGACGACAAUGAAGACGACCUCAUCUACGACGACCAAGACGGUGCUCAGUCCUUCAUGCAGCCCGCCAUUAGCGCAAGAGCGACUCGUCUGACCUCGCCAAACACUCCGGCUGCUGAGAAGGCUGCUGCCAUGGACUAUCUUCCUAGUCUCUUCGAUUUCCCGGAUGACGGAGGCAGGGCUCAGUCUUCAGGAAAGGCAUCUGGUGAUAUGAGCCCGAGGAAACCACAGAGACGUGGUCAUUUCCGUCAGUCAUCGCACUCGGGCCUUCCGGACCUUCCAUCACCAUGGCGGGCUGAGCCCAAGCAGAUGAUUGUCGGCCAGCCACAUGGCGCCAAGACAUCCUCCAUGUUCGGCGUGUUUGGGAAUGAGACAAGGUCAUCUCGUGCGGCUUCAGCCGGAGAGAAUGCUUUCAAGAGAUUGUCCAAGGCCCUUCCAUCCAUAUCGAUACCUACGCCGUCCUUCUUUUCGUCCGGCUCUUCUUCUCACAAGGAUUCCACUUGGCCGUCAAUGCCCCAUCUUCCAAAGGCAGCCACGAUAGCUGGCAUACGCUCUAACCGAGCCCAAACGGGGCCUUCCCUUACCACACCAGGAGCAGCCACGACUCAAGGUCUCGGCCGGUCAUCAUCUCUGAGAGCCUCGAGGCCUCCUACACUGCGUCACUCUACUUCUAAUGAUUCACUCUUAUAUCAGUCUUUAACGCGGGUUUCCUCGCUGGGCGAUGAUGAGCGUUUCACCGAUGUUCGUGAGCAGGUCAACACCAGGAUAAAAGCUAUAAUCGACAGCUUCGAGACCCCAUUCAAACUUCCUCAACUACCAAAGAGUACGUCAUUUACACGACUGAUGGCCGUAAGCCGCGGGAGACUAACGGAGGCAGGUAUCACAUCACCAUUGAAGAAGGUGGUUCCUUCGGCAAGUGACUCUCACGGUACAGAUGGAACCCGCUCAGUGCCAGGGUCAAGCAGCCACCGGCCGUCACGGGAGGCUGUUCAUCCUCUUGACGCGAUUCUGGAGACUCUGACAGGAGACAUUGUGGUCAUGGGAGGAUAUCGAGGCUCUAUUCUUCGGUCCGCUGAGCCCCCGUACCGACAACUGUGGGUUCCAGUCAAGGUAGGCUUGAAUAUCCGUAAAGUGAACAUGGAGGUUGGCCUGGAGCCUGAGGACGAGGAAAACAUGGAGAAGCACAUCUUUGCCUCGGGCAUGCUCCAGAAUAUCGGACCGAUAGACAUUUCAAGAAAACUCUUCAGGAAGCUGAGGGAGUGCGAGAAUGCCCGCAACGGCAAACUCAGAGUCCAUGACUAUGGCUAUGACUGGCGACUAAGCCCCCACCGUCUCUCGAAAAAGCUGAACGAAUUCAUCGAAAAGCUUCCAUCCAACCAGCCUCACACACCACCCGAACAGAGAGGUGCCUGGGUCAUUGCGCACAGUCUCGGCGGCGUCAUCACCCGGCACGCCGUCAACCAGCGCCCGGAUCUCUACGCAGGCGUCGUCUAUGCUGGCGUCCCUCAGCGUUGUAUUAACAUCCUCGGCCCGCUGCGUAACGGUGACGCCGUCCUGCUCAACGAGAAGGUACUCACCGCACAGGUCAACUUUUCGCUCCGCACCACCUUUGUUUUCUUGCCCGAGGACGGCUUCUGCUUCAUCGACAAGAACACCAAGGAAGAGUAUCCAGUAGACUUCUACAACGUAGACGACUGGAUCAAAUACCGCCUUUCACCAUGCGUCGGCGAACCUGCCCUGCCGCCUUUGAACCCGUCCAAGAGCACCGGCACCCUCGGCAGUCUUCUGAAUCUAUCCGACUCCUUCUCCAAUCUCUCCCCUAUCCGCGGCCGCAGCAACAGCGGGAAGAACCGUACUAGCGAAGACAACAGCAACAACAACAACAGCAACAACAACAGCAAAAUCACCACCGCAAGCAACUACAUCCACAACCACAACCCAUUUUCCUCCUCCUCCUCACCCUCCAACCCCGUCUUCAAAGACCGCACCAUCGCUCCCCAAAUGGGUUCUUCCUCCACCGACAACAAUAGCCCCUCGGAAAACCAACAACAACAACCAAUCAACCGCACCCCCUCCUCCCACUCCCAAGCCCUGCGCUACCUCACCCGCACCCUCGCCGAAACCAAACACUUCCGCUCCGAACUUUCCCACAACCCUUCCCACCAGCGACGCAACGCCUACCCUCCCUUAGCCGUGAUCUACGCCAAGGACAUACCCACCGUGCACGCCGCGCGCGUGUCAUGUCGGGACGCCAUCGCCUGCACGGAUUGCUACGACGACCUGGUUUUCGCCAGCGGCGAUGGCGUCGUGCUGGCGCGCGAAAGCAUGUUACCCGAGGGGUACGAGUUGGUGAGGGAUGGGAGGGUUUGUACGGAUCGCGGGCAUGUGAGUAUGUUGGGGGAUUUGGGGGCGGUGGGGAGGGCGUUGGAGGCUGUGGUCAGGGGACGGAGGAAGGGGAUUGGAAGGGGGUGGUCCGUGGAUGGGGAUGGGGAGGAGGUUGCGGAGACGUUGGGUGAAGGUGAGGGAGAGGGGAGGAAUGGGAGUGGGAGUGGGAGUGGGGUUGGGUUGCAAAGGACGGAGCAGCAGGCGACGGUAGAGGAG